AUGGGCUGGUUCAAUCACUUCUACGAGGGCGUCAGCUCUGUAGUCCAUAGUAUUGCCACCACCGCCAAAAUGGUUGGUGAUGUGGCCACCACCAUAGGCACGGUCGCCAGUAAGAUUGCACCACAGUCAGCACAUGAGGACAUCCUGGCCAUCAAUGACGGUCCUACCAUUGAAGUUCUGAGCAGCAAUGUCGAAGUGGUUUCAGCAGCCAUUCAAGCAGCGGCUGACGCCGAAUUGGCCGCUAUUCAUCCCGGCCAACCGGCAGAUUUCAAGGUCGCAAAAUCGUACCGAAUCAAGGGUUUCACAAUGAAUCGAAAGAUCCUCUCGCUCAAAGAAGCCGAAGACCGAAAGGGAAAUCCAUCGACAAACGCAACCCCUUUCAUGUACGGAGACAUGACCAACCUGCUCGCACAGAAGGGAUUGCCAAUUUCAGCUCGCUUUGAACCUGUUGUACCUCAACGAUGUCGAGGUCAACGUAACGCGGAGCCUGCGGACAUACUCGACAAAAGCCAUAUGCUUAUUAACGACAUGUCGGGUUUUCCUAUCUACAAGAUCGCUCACGUAAGCUACAACCUUAAGAUGGACGAUACUGGGACCAAUAAUGUCACUCACUCUGCCUUCUCCCACGGGUGGGGCCUAAGCCAAGCAGACAUCGUGAAAGCUCGCCAGCUACGCAGCAAAGAAGGUUUGGACAUUGUCACUCCUUCGACGGUUCCCGAAGGUCAGUUGCCUGGCUACAGAAGUGUAGUCAAAGUCGGGACCCGAACUGCAGACACCACGCGCGGCCUAACCACGGGUAUCCAAGGAUUGGCAGCACACCAAGGAUGGAAGAUCACGUCUUUGACGCCGAACGGGGCCGAUGCCACCCUUACCAUCGAGACCAGAGAUCCGCCUAUUGACAUUCAGAUUUUCAUCGUUGAUUGGGUUUCUGGGCGACUUGAUCCCACUCCGGUGCCAGUCCCUGAAAAUGUUCACCUCGAUCUGUGCAAGAUCAACUCGGCUGUGCCGUGCCUCGUGGCUGCUGCCUAA